UAUGCGCUUUUGACGCAUUCGUCCACUCCACACUCACGAACAGCACGAUAUUCCUCGAACUCACUGCAUUUUUCAAACUAGUUUACAAGUUUCUGCAGGACGGAUAGGUAGUAUUUGCUGCAUCUCGACAUGUGAAUCUCGCGAGAGUUUGACAGUGGGAAAUGCUUCCGGCGCUGGACGUUCACGCGAGUUCCUGUGUAAAUACGUACAUGCCAGCUCUUCUCAGUUUGUGUAAAUGCACCUUUUUUGUGGAUGCAGCUUCUGUGCCACUUUUGCAGUGUAAACAGCCGACGCUCGUUUCUUUCAGAUGUCAGACGGUCUCCUGAUGGAGGUAUGUGUGGACUCAGUUGAGUCAGCCAUAAACGCAGAAAGGGGAGGAGCUGGUCGUAUUGAGCUGUGCUGUAACCUGCUGGAGGGAGGGACGACGCCCAGCACAGGUCUGUUGCAGGUGGUCAAAGAGAACGUGCGGAUCCCGGUGUAUGUCAUGAUUCGACCCCGUGGAGGAGACUUCCUGUACUCGGACUGGGAGGUGGAGGUGAUGAAGAGGGAUAUUGAGCAGAUGAAGAGUCACAGAGCGGACGGACUGGUGUUCGGAGCGCUGACAGAAGACGGACGUGUGGACACUGAGCUCUGCAUGGAACUUCUGGCGGCUUCUCGACCUUUACCGGUUACGUUUCACAGAGCCUUUGAUAUGGUCCACGAUCCAGCGGUUGCGUUAGAAGCUCUGGUCUCACUGGGCUUUGAGAGGAUUCUGACCAGUGGUUGUGACAGCUCUGCACUGGAAGGUUUACCUGUAAUUAAACGACUGGUGGAACAGGCAAAAGGCAGAAUAGCAAUAAUGCCAGGCGGUGGAAUCACCGAAAGAAACCUUCAGAGGAUUCUAGAAGGCUCCGGCUCUCAGGAGUUCCACUGCUCUGCUCGCUCCAGCAAGGACUCCAGCAUGAAGUUUAGGAAUUGUAAUGUCAGUAUGGGAGGUGCUCUGUCUGUGCCAGAAUAUGCAGUAAAAGUGGCUGAUGUGACUAAAGUACGAACACUGAACGCCAUCGCGAGGAACACACUCUAGGACACGUGGAGAAUCCUGUACAGUGACACAAGAGGGAAACUCCUGUAAUUCUUCAAUAAGGAUAUUCCUGUGACGAUUGAAAACUUUGAAAAUGUCAAGAUCAGCAGCACUGUGUUUUGUUCAGCUUUUGACAUUGUGAUGAUUUGCAGGUGUAAAAAAUAAAAUCUCAUACUUUUGAUA